UCACAUGUGUGCGCCAAGAAUAAGAUUCAUUUAUCAGUUACGAAAGUCACCUGGCUUUCUAGCUUACUGUCUAUGCUUUCUAGUUGUAACGUUAUUUAUGUUGUGUUUAUGACACAGAUGUCUGUCUUGACAUAUUUACCUGACAGAUAGCGUACUGAUCCACUUACUUCGUCCUCGACGUCGGUCCUGUGUCACUAAUGUAAGUAACGUUAGCUUCGGCCAGUUAGGUGUUUGUCGAAGUUCUGAAGAAAUCUGUCAAAAACCUUACAAACGGAGGGACAACCUCUGCUUUUUGUCCGUUUUGAGUAAAUGUUGAGUAAAAGAUGUCUCUGGGUUUCCUGAGCUUUGUUUUGAGCCGCAGUCUUCGUCGAUCCAUCAGCCGGGUCAGCUUUCCACUGGCAACAAAACCAUCGACCCUCAGGCCAGCAUGUUGUUGCCAUAUUGUCCCAUCCUGGCUAAGUAUGUCCUUCUCCACAGACACUGAGAGUGGGGGCACAGACAUGACCGAUAUCCAGAAAGAGACGAAAAAGCUGGACCCGAAAGCACGAGUCACUUUUGGCAGCGUGGGUAGGAAGAUUGGCCUGCGUCAUAUACAAUUACUGGGUGAGGAUGGUGAGGAAUUGGGUACAAUGCACCGUGCCGAUGUGAUACGACUGAUGGACCAAACAGGGCUGAAGCUUGUUCCCAUAAAUGACAAUUGUGAUCCCCCAUUAUACAGACUGAUGAAAGGGAAACAGAUCCACGAAGAGCAGAUGAAACUUAGAGAUGCACAGAAAGCCAAGAAAGGGCCCGUCCAAUCAAAGGAACUCAGUUUCUCCUCAGAUAUUUCCCUUCAUGAUUUAGAUACUAAACUGAGGCAGGUUGUGAGCUGGCUGGAAAAGAAGAACCACGUCAGACUCACUAUCAAAGCAAGAACUGACAGCGGCACACCACUGGAUAAAGUCCUAACUCAGAUGGUGGAGAAGAUAUCAAUUCCUAUUGGCUUUGUAUCAAAACCCUCUGUGGUUCGUGGGGGUCGUGGUGCCAUGUGCGUCCUUCGGCUUGCCUCUGCUAAAGAACUGCAGAAAAUGGAAGCAGAGACUUUGAAGAAGACUUUAAAACCGGAUUUUGUGGUGGAGGUACCAGGAGAUGUUGGGGUCUCAGAGGAGCCAAAAGACUUAAAGCAACAGUAAACAUCUAUGCAACUUUCAAUGCAAAAGUAUAUUUACAUUGGAGCAAGCCGGUGGGGUGAAAUUAAAACUAUUGGGUUCACUGGGAAUUAACCUGAACUCUACAGUAAGAGGGGCUCUAAAAGGUGGACCACUGGUUUUGCAGUGUUGUUGAACUCAGAAUAAAUGUUUUUUGAUUGGCUGACAACACUCUCAGAUUUAAUGGUCUCAGAUUUUAAACUCUGGGAGCAGGUUUCUGGGUUGUCUGCUUUUAGGAUUGUCAAACUUUGAGAGCUGAGUGAUUGCAGCUGACCUAUUAAUUGAGGAUUUGUAGUUGACUCGGACUGGCUAAUGUGUGGCAUUGAAGGUUCAUCUGAAUUUGAAGUUUUUGCUUGACGUUUUGUUUUUGGUUUGUGACCACUCAAACGGGAUGCCAGGGAACGUUUUGGACGAGGCUUGAGCUGAAAGAGACAGAGGGCCGUUAUCCUCAACUCAUUUUGUUUCCCUAAAUAUCAACCACUCGGUUACAACAUAAAGACCAAGUCAUUAAUAAAAAAAAAAGUAGUUACCUGUUUCUUUUCAGG